AGGUGUUUUCCAUCCAGGUGAUUGUUCCUCAGACAGAGAGGAGUACAGCUCUCUUUGCCUCGGUCAUCAUACGCUGUGACUACUCCACCUCCCACCUCGGCCAACCAACAGGAGGUCCUGGUCACCUGGCGCUAUAAGUCCUUCUGCAAGGACCCCGUGCUGGAGUUCUACUCCACAGGUGAGAUACAUGUAUUACAGGACAGACGAAGGAGUGAAACCUGAGUGACCAUGUGAACCAUGAGUGGACACUAGUGUAGCCCUCCCGCUGUCUAUACGUUAUCAUGUCUUCUUAUAAUGGGGCUCUAGCCAUUGUCUUAUCAUAAAUCGUAACAACAGGGCUGUGGAGAUUGAUGUCAUACUGUAAUAGAGCAGUGAAGAUUGUGCUGCUACCAUGUUGUGUUGCUACCAUGCUGUGUUGCUACCAUGCUGUGUUGUCAUGUGUUGCUGCCAUGCUAUGUUGUUAUUUGUUGCUGCCAUGCUAUGUUGUUGUCUUAGGUCUCUCUUUAUGUAGUGUUGUGGUGUCUCUCUUGUCGUGAUGUGUGUUUUGUCCUAUAUUUUUAUUUUAUUUUUUAUUUUAAAUCCCAGCCCCUGUCCGCACAGGAGGCCUUUUGGUAGGCUGUCAUUUUAAAUAAGAAUUUGUUCUUAACUGACUUGCCUAGUUAAAUAAAGGUUAAAUAAAUAAAAGAUUGUGAUGUAAUAAUAGAAAUGUGUAGCUUUGGGCUGUGGCAAUUGUAAUGUCAUGCUGUGGAGAUUGUGCUGACAUAAUGGGAAUAUGACAAUUGUGACUAUAAUGGAGCCUCAGAGAUUUAAUGGGAUGUCAUAAUUGUAUAGGAAUGUCAUAAUGAGGCUUUGAAGAUUGUAUGAUGUCAUAAUGGGGCUGUUGAGCUUGUACUGUCAUAAUGGGGAUGUGGAGAUUGUGAUGUCAUUGUGGUGCUGUGGAGAUUGGGACACCAAUAUUAUAAGGGAGCUGUGUGUGUAUAAUGGUGAUAAUGCUCCCAUCAGGCUGCUCUGCAGCUGGGCCAGGACCCAACCAAUGACUGUCCAGACCGCCAGCGCACCAAUGAGGUCAUGCUUGGCUCUGAGUAUCGGGAGCGCAAGAUAUCCAUCCAAAACAGUGAGUCUGUGACCCCAACAUACCCCAAAUCUCUUCAGCUGAAACACAAGGAGAUUUGUAAAUGUUAUCAUGCACAUGUACAGUAAGUGCUUCUGUGUGUGUGUCCACAGAGGCCGACCUGGUUAUCAAUGAGGUAAUGUGGUGGGAUAACGGUGUGUACUUCUGCUCCUUCGACGCGCCCGGAGAUACUUCAGGAGACUCAGACCGCGAGGUCAAACUCAUUGUUUACCGUAACUGA